AAAAAGAAAUCAAUACCGUGGACGGGAGGUUCGCGCUGGGAUCCUGAGAAACCUGCCGCCAGCUCAUUCUUUCGGCAGGCACGUCCAUCGCCAGCAAGUUGUGUCUUUUCCUUUCUUUGUUUUUGUGAAAGUUUUAUCUAAAAUCAUCUACCAUGGUUAACUUUACGGUAGAUGAGAUCCGGGUCAUGAUGGACAAGAAGCGGAACAUCCGUAACAUGUCCGUCAUUGCCCAUGUGGAUCAUGGAAAAUCAACGCUCACCGACUCGCUGGUUUCUAAGGCGGGUAUCAUUGCCAGUGCCAAAGCUGGAGAAACCCGUUUUACUGAUACCCGUAAGGAUGAACAAGAAAGAUGUAUCACAAUCAAAUCAACAGCCAUCUCUAUGUUCUUUGAGCUUGAAGACAAAGAUUUAGUCUUCAUCACCAACCCUGACCAGCGUGAUAAGGGAGAAAAAGGAUUCUUAAUCAACUUGAUUGACUCUCCUGGGCACGUCGAUUUCUCCAGUGAAGUAACUGCAGCUCUCCGUGUGACGGAUGGUGCUCUUGUCGUCGUAGACUGUGUCUCAGGUGUGUGCGUGCAGACUGAAACUGUGUUGCGUCAGGCUAUUGCUGAGCGUAUCAAGCCUGUAUUGUUCAUGAACAAGAUGGACCGUGCUUUGUUAGAACUUCAGCUUGACAGUGAAGAUCUUUACCAAACUUUCCAGCGUAUUGUCGAAAACGUCAACGUCAUCAUCGCUACCUACAAUGAUGAUGGUGGUCCCAUGGGUGAAGUCCGUGUUGACCCUAGCAAAGGUAGUGUUGGUUUUGGAUCUGGUCUCCACAGUUGGGCCUUCACCCUCAAACAGUUUGGUGAGAUGUACUCAGAAAAAUUCGGAAUUGACACUGUCAAGCUCAUGCAGAAGUUGUGGGGAGAGAACUUCUUUAACCCCAAAACGAAGAAGUGGGCAAAGAAGAAGGAUGCUGACAACAAGCGUUCAUUCAUCAUGUACAUUUUAGAUCCUAUUUACAAGGUUUUCGAUUGCAUCAUGAACUUCAAGAAAGAGGAAACUGCCUCACUUCUGGGUAAAUUAGGCAUUGAAUUGAAACCAGAAGACAGAGACAAGGACGGCAAAGCUUUACUCAAAGUUGUAAUGAGAACUUGGCUGCCAGCUGGUGACUCACUUCUUCAAAUGAUAGCCAUCCAUUUACCCUCACCUGUCGUUGCUCAAAAAUACCGUGUUGAAAUGCUGUACGAAGGACCUCAAGACGAUGAGGCUGCUCUUGGAGUUAGGAACUGCGACCCCAACGCUCCUCUUAUGAUGUACAUCUCCAAAAUGGUACCGACUUCUGACAAGGGUAGAUUCUACGCCUUUGGACGUGUUUUCGCUGGCAAGGUUGCAUCAGGUAUGAAGUGCCGUAUCAUGGGACCAAACUAUGUCCCUGGCAAGAAGGAAGACUUGUAUGAAAAAGCAAUCCAAAGAACAAUCCUCAUGAUGGGUCGUUAUGUUGAAGCCAUUGAAGAUGUACCAUGCGGUAACAUCUGUGGUUUAGUCGGAGUGGAUCAAUUCUUGGUGAAAACCGGAACUAUCUCCACAUUCAAGGAUGCUCACAACAUGAGAGUUAUGAAAUUCAGUGUUUCCCCUGUUGUGCGAGUUGCUGUGGAGCCCAAGAAUCCAGCUGAUUUACCUAAGCUUGUGGAAGGUCUCAAACGUCUAGCCAAAUCAGACCCUAUGGUACAAUGUAUAAUUGAAGAGUCUGGUGAACACAUCGUUGCUGGAGCUGGUGAGCUACAUUUAGAAAUUUGUUUGAAGGAUUUGGAAGAAGAUCAUGCCUGCGUCCCAAUCAAGAAAUCAGAUCCUGUUGUGUCAUACCGUGAGACUGUUUCGGAAGAAUCCGACCAAAUGUGUCUGAGCAAAUCGCCCAACAAGCACAACCGUUUCUUCAUGAAGGCCCAACCUUUCCCAGACGGUCUUGCUGAAGAUAUUGACAACGGUGAAGUUAAUCCAAGAGACGAUUUCAAGAGUCGUGCUCGUGUGUUGUCCGAGAAGUAUGAAUACGAUGUGACUGAAGCACGUAAAAUCUGGUCUUUCGGUCCUGACGGAAGUGGUCCCAAUCUCCUUGUGGAUUGUACCAAGGGAGUCCAGUAUCUGAACGAAAUCAAAGACUCAGUUGUGGCCGGUUUCCAAUGGGCUACAAAAGAAGGUGUACUUUCUGAGGAGAACUUGCGUGCCGUUAGAUUCAACAUUCAUGAUGUAACACUUCAUGCUGAUGCCAUUCACAGAGGAGGUGGUCAGAUUAUCCCCACCACCCGUCGUUGCUUGUAUGCGUGUUUGUUAACAGCUUCGCCCCGUCUUAUGGAGCCUGUGUACCAGUGUGAAAUUCAGUGUCCUGAAGUAGCUGUUGGAGGUAUUUAUGGUGUAUUAAAUAGAAGGCGAGGUCACGUAUUUGAAGAAAUGCAAAUAGCUGGUACUCCUAUGUUCAUCGUAAAGGCGUAUCUACCCGUAAAUGAAUCAUUUGGCUUUACCGCUGACUUGAGAAGUAAUACUGGAGGCCAAGCUUUCCCACAGUGUGUAUUCGACCACUGGCAAAUCUUACCUGGUGACCCACUCGAACCCAACUCUCGUCCACACGCCGUUGUCAACGAAACAAGGAAGCGAAAGGGAUUGAAGGAAGGACUUCCUGAUUUACAACAGUACCUAGACAAAUUAUAGGCUUGUUAUUUUAAUUUUUGCCUUCGAUCCAGGCAUAAAAAUCAUUUUUGUUCGAAUUUUUGUAAGCAUGAUUUUUUUUAUUUGACACUUUCCAUGUUGUACUCUGUUAUAUAUAUAUAUUUACAUAGAUACGAAUGUUCAUAAUUUUCUUUUUUUGUAAGAGAAACUCUCUUUUAACUCCUGGUAAUGUUCAUUCUUUCUUCUCGUACAUCUUUAGGUCAUCAGAUGCAAUGUUGUUAAGUCGAUCUUAUCAAAAAAAAAUUUCAAAUCCUCUUACAAGUUGGGCAGCAAAAUGAUUUUAAUCUGUGAAUUUAUUUAUUUUUUAUGCUGUAUAUUUUACCCAGUUUUUUUAAUUUUUUUUUAAGUAUAUAUAUUUGUAUUUUUCUAUAUGAAUAUAUAUAUAUACAAACAUUUGAUUAUGGAAUGACCGUACCCAUCAUCUUUGCGGUGUCUCACACAUCAACCAACGCGUACUGAAUAAAUUUGGAAUUUCAUAUUUUUUAUUUAAUGAAA